AUGGAGGCUGAUGGAAGGGAAUCUGAGAGGAGGUUCACUGCAGAUUCCCUGCUGGUCUGGAGGCUGGUGCCUUUCUUUGCCUCCUGCACCUUUUACUUCCUCCUCUGGUUGCACUCUCAGGAGCCCAGCUGGACCAGCGCCCUGGCCAAAUGCCUUCCCAUCCACUUUCUGGCUCUCUUUGUCCACAACACCACCCCACUGGGGCCCUAUGGCCAAUUCAUCCGGCUAGGUCUCCUCUGCUCCAUCCUGGGGGACCUCUUCAUCACCUGGCCCGACAAGUACCUCGUUGGCAUGGUAGCCUCUGCCUUGGCUCAUCUCUUCUAUCUCAAGGCCCUGGGUGGGCUGCCGACAUGCCGGACCUUCCUGCAGUCUGUGAUGAUCAUCUUCCUCCUCUGUUUUGGACUCCUGCAGCCUCACCUGCCUUCCCACCUGAGUCUCCCCGUGGUGGUCUAUGCAGCUAUCCUGUGUCUGAUGCUGUGGCGGGCGCUGGUCCGAGGGAGAUCUGCGGCAGUUAGUGGCCUGUUCUUUAGCAUCUCGCACGCCCUCAGGGUCUGGACCACCUUCGUCUGUCCCCUGCCUGAAGGCCAUCUGAUGGUCAUGGUCACCUACUACACUGCCCAAGCCCUGCUGGCUCUGUCAGCAGUGGAGGGCAGGGCCCCCCAACACUGA